GUUCUUUGGCCCUUCAUGCGUUUAAAAUUUCAUAAGCUUAUGAACAAUAAGCCUGAAAUUCGGACUUCGGCUUCUGCCUGUUCAGUUUCUCAUAGCUCUCCCUCUCGCUGUCGCUUUCGCUCUCGCUUUCGCUCUUCGUUCAAGAUCGAAACCAGGUAAUAUAAUUGCUGCUGUUUCCAUCCCUUAGAGGAAGCUUAUCUUCAUUGUAGAUAAAGUGGAGAUGAGUGGAGGGGGAGAGAAGGGGUCGACGACCACAAAAACACCUGCAGACUUCCUUAAAUCAAUUCGUGGGCGACCUGUUGUUGUCAAACUGAAUUCUGGUGUUGAUUAUCGAGGUAUUUUAGCUUGUUUAGAUGGAUACAUGAACAUAGCAAUGGAACAAACUGAAGAAUAUGUUAAUGGGCAAUUGAAGAACAAGUAUGGCGAUGCUUUUAUUCGUGGAAACAAUGUUCUGUACAUUAGUACAUCAAAGAGGACAUUAGCAGAUGGGGCAUAGCAUCGCAGUGCCAAAGAAGAACGGAGAACCUUUGGAGUCCGGACAUUUUCUUUUAAUGCUUGUAUGUCAAUCUUGGAUUUUAGAAUCAAGUAACAUUCCAUUUGAACAAAAAUGGCAAAACUUCUGUUAUCGGUUUGAUAUCUUCUGGAAUGAACUCUAUCGCAGGCUUUUAUAAGCAA